CAUAAGAACAGAGAAAGAAAGGCAGAAAGCUAUGCACUCAUCGCCAAAACAAAGCAAGCACACACAGUUUCUCCUUUUGGUAAGUCGGAAGUCCCUUUAACGCUUAAUGGAAAUUCGAGAGAUUGGUUGAGGUGUCUUUUCUUUCUUCCCUUUUCUUUUUCUCUUUUAUACUUCUUUGCAUCAUUUGCAAUUCAAACACCCAUAUUUGCAUUAAUUCUAUUCAACCUUUCGUCCAUUAUUCCUUUUCAAUGAAGCUUCAAUUCUGGCUGAAUCAUCUCCUUGAGAAAAGCCAAACACUUGUUCAAAAGACACAAAAAAGAGUUCUUGUAGCAAUCACAGCCCUGAUUCUUGUAACCAUCGCACCUCUUUAUUAUCCGUUCCUUGGCUAUUUCCCUUCAUUCUUAUGGAACAAUUCUUCUCAGUCAUCACCGUCUUCUUCCUCCUUCAACACUGUAAAGAAUACAAAAGGCGCAGCAUCAACCACACAGUGUGACAUUUUUACAGGAGAAUGGGUUCCGAACCCGGAGGCGCCUUAUUACACCAAUCUGAGUUGUUGGGCGAUCCACGAACACCAGAAUUGCAUGAAGUAUGGAAGGCCUGAUACUGAGUUCAUGAAAUGGAGGUGGAAACCAAACGACUGUGAGCUACCCAUCUUCAACCCGGCUAAGUUCCUUCAACUUGUCACCGGCAAGUCCUUGGCUUUCGUCGGAGAUUCUGUGGCCAGAAACCAGAUGCAGUCUUUGAUAUGCCUCUUAUCCAGGGUGGAAUAUCCCGUGGAUGUUUCAUACACAGCGGAUGAACACUUCAAGCGCUGGAAAUAUAUGAGCUACAAUUUCACCAUUGCCAGCUUCUGGACCCCCUUUCUUGUUAAAGCAGAGGAAACCGAGGCCGACGGUCCCACCAAAACCGGCCUUUUCAAUCUCUACCUCGAUGAGUUCAACCCAGAAUGGACCACCCAGAUUGACGAUUUCGAUUACCUCAUCAUCUCUGCCGGCCACUGGUUCUUCCGACCAGGCAUGUAUUAUGAGAAGGGUCAGCUGGUGGGGUGCCGCUACUGUCUCAUAGAGAAUGUCACAGACCUCCCCAUGUCCUACGGUUACAGAAAAGCCAUUCACACUGCCUUGAGAGCCAUCAACAGCUUAGAAAGCUUCAAGGGAGUGACGAUUCUCAGGACAUUUGCGCCUUCACACUUUGAGAAUGGUUUAUGGAACCAGGGAGGGAAUUGUUUGAGGAGAAGGCCGUAUAGGAGCAAGGAGAAGCGUUUAGAUGGGACGGAUUUAGAGCUGUAUAGGAUCCAGGUGGAGGAGUUCAAGGUUGCAGCCGAGAGAGGAGGAAAGAGAGGAGGGUUGAAAUUUAGGUUGCUUGAUACAACCCAAGCUUCGUUAUUGAGACCAGAUGGACACCCUAGUCGAUAUGGGCACUGGCCUCAUGAGAAUGUUACUUUGUAUAACGAUUGUGUGCAUUGGUGCUUGCCUGGGCCCAUUGACACCUGGAACGAUUUCCUGCUUGACAUGUUGAAAAUGGAGGAGAGGUCUCACACUGCCGACUUAAAGAAGGUAACUAGGUAGGGCUAUUCAUUAUUUAAUGGUGUAAUUCUUCUUAAUUGUUCCUCGCCUCUGCAGGUCUUGUAUCACAUCGGAUGUGUACAUGUACAAAUAUUUAUUCGAUCCUAGUGUAAGCAUACAUACAUUGUUUUUGGCUUUGGAUUCAAAGUUUUCUUAAGGCUUUGGGUUGGGUUCCCUACCUAGCUCAGCUUUCUUAA